AUGGGUGUCGUCAAUGACUAUUUAAUGUUCCGUUUAUUAAUUGAUGAUGUUGAACGAAAAAAUCAGAAGCGAUAUAGAAAUAGUGUUUGCGUACCUCGAGCCUCAAUGGGUGACAUCCACGAACCUUUUUGCUCUCCAAUCGUUCCACAUGUUCCUAUUCGACAACGACUUUCAACUCGACGAUGUACUAGCGUUGAUGUGUCUGACGAUGCUUUGGCAGCCCAAAAUUGUUGUGGAAGUUCUGUAUAUGGAAUGCCUCGUAGACGUCGGAUGAGCUUAUUACAGACUCUUCGUCAACAGAAUCGAGCAUUAGCUGAUAGUGGAUUGGAUAUUCAUCGUCCACGAACCGAUAGUGAAAGUACAGUGAGAGAUGCUUCAUCUCCACCUGCAAAAGCUUCUCCACCAAUGUCGCCGACGAAAAAAACUUUUUCCAACUUAAAAGCCAAAUUAUUCGGUAAACGAGACAAGCGCUCAGAAUCCCAAUCAACAGCAACGGUUUAUCAAUCUUCAGGAGAUUAUUCUCAAUCAUGUGAUUUAAUAAAUGGCUCACGAUCGCGCAAAUCACCGUCUACAACCAAUGAUUCUGGACGGGGAAGUCAGGGACAUCUGGAGGAUCGUCUUGAAUCUGCUGUAGCUGUCAUUGAACGUCAUUCAACUAGAGAAGAAGACGACAUCAUUCAUUUACAUGACAUACCCAAUAGUCGCAAAUGCACAUACAGCCGACCUAUCCGAACUUUCUCUUGUCCGGAUUUGUCGAAUCUACAUAUUUCAACAAAUAUUUCAUCAUCAUCAGCUUAUGCUCAACAGCCAACAACGUCAAGGGCGCCAUUGGUGGAAUCUGAAUCAGAAGAAGAAGCCAUGAACUUUAUGGAGAGAAAUUCAAGUCCCAUCACAGCAGCAGAUUAUCUCAUAGAACGUCGUAUGAUGAGAAAACAGAUGGAACAAUCAGAACAAAGGCGUCGAGCAAUGGCAAUAUCAGAGGAUCGUUUGGAAGAAACUGCUGAAGAAUCAGAAGAGUUACGUCAGCUGUAUAACGAGGAAGAUGCGAUUAGUCGUUUAUCGGCUAUGUCACCCAGAUCUGAGCAGACAGAAGACUUGGCAGAUUUCGAUGACAACAUAUCCACGAUCAUUCUUGAUCAUUUCCUCCCGUUAUCUCGAAGUAGCAAACUUGACGAUUACAACUUUGACAACGACACCUUAUCUUCUGAAUUCUCUGAAAGCUUACAUCUUAACGACGAACCAACCAAUUCAAAAUUGAAGUAA